AUGGCACACUAUCCACCUUCCAAGGAUCAAUUGAAUGAAUUGAUCCAGGAAGUUAACCAAUGGGCUAUCACUAAUGGAUUAUCCAUGUAUCCUCCUAAAUUCGAGGAGAACCCAUCAAAUGCAUCGGUGUCACCAGUAACUAUCUAUCCAACCCCAAUUCCUAGGAAAUGUUUUGAUGAGGCCGUUCAAAUACAACCGGUAUUCAAUGAAUUAUACGCCCGUAUUACCCAAGAUAUGGCCCAACCUGAUUCUUAUUUACAUAAAACAACUGAAGCGUUAGCUCUAUCAGAUUCCGAGUUUACUGGAAAACUGUGGUCUCUAUACCUUGCUACCUUAAAAUCUGCACAGUACAAAAAGCAGAAUUUUAGGCUAGGUAUAUUUAGAUCAGAUUAUUUGAUUGAUAAGAAAAAGGGUACUGAACAGAUUAAGCAAGUCGAGUUUAAUACAGUGUCAGUGUCAUUUGCAGGCCUUAGCGAGAAAGUUGAUAGAUUGCACUCUUAUUUAAAUAGGGCAAACAAGUACGAUCCUAAAGGACCAAUUUAUAAUGAUCAAAAUAUGGUCAUUUCUGAUUCAGGAUACCUUUUGUCUAAGGCAUUGGCCAAAGCUGUGGAAUCGUAUAAGUCACAACAAAGUUCUUCUACAACUAGUGAUCCUAUUGUCGCAUUCAUUGUGCAAAGAAACGAGAGAAAUGUGUUUGAUCAAAAGGUCUUGGAAUUGAAUCUGUUGGAAAAAUUCGGUACCAAAUCUGUUAGGUUGACGUUUGAUGAUGUUAACGAUAAAUUGUUCAUUGAUGAUAAAACGGGAAAGCUUUUCAUUAGGGACACAGAGCAGGAAAUAGCGGUGGUUUAUUACAGAACGGGUUACACAACCACUGAUUACACGUCCGAAAAGGACUGGGAGGCAAGACUAUUCCUCGAAAAAAGUUUCGCAAUAAAGGCCCCAGAUUUACUCACUCAAUUAUCUGGCUCCAAGAAAAUUCAGCAAUUGUUGACAGAUGAGGGCGUAUUAGGUAAAUACAUCUCCGAUGCUGAGAAAAAGAGUAGUUUGUUAAAAACUUUUGUCAAAAUAUAUCCCUUGGAUGAUACGAAGCUUGGCAGGGAAGGCAAGAGGCUGGCAUUAAGUGAGCCCUCUAAAUACGUGUUAAAACCACAGCGGGAAGGUGGCGGAAACAAUGUUUAUAAAGAAAAUAUUCCUAAUUUUUUGAAAGGUAUCGAAGAACGUCACUGGGAUGCAUAUAUUCUCAUGGAGUUGAUUGAACCAGAGUUGAAUGAAAAUAAUAUUAUAUUACGUGAUAACAAAUCUUACAACGAACCAAUCAUCAGUGAACUAGGAAUUUAUGGUUGCGUUCUAUUUAACGACGAGCAAGUUUUAUCGAACGAAUUUAGUGGCUCAUUACUAAGAUCCAAAUUUAAUACUUCAAAUGAAGGUGGAGUGGCGGCAGGAUUCGGAUGUUUGGACAGUAUUAUUCUUUACUAG